GUUCAAAAAUUGUUCAACGUUAUUGUUAUAUAUUUUGCUUGAAUAUUUUUCUGUAGAGUUGCAAACUGGCAGCACCGUGAUUCUUAGUUUGUUUUUUAUUUUCCGCGUGUGAAGUGGUUUGCGUUGAAUGUCGGUGUGGUGUUGAGCAAAAAUUUGUGUUUUGAAAUUUCAAAUAACAAAAUUUGUGCUUAUUAAAAUUAGGACAAAAUUCCGCAAACAGUAACUGGAUUUGUAAAAUAUCAGCAUCAGGUGAACAAAACGCUAGUGCUAAAAGGGGAAAAUAAGGAAUCGACAAAUUAACAAAGAAGCAACCAAAUUUCAAAGUUUCUGAAAGGAGAACACGUACAGGGUUCAAUUUUAAAAAAUAAUAUCAAAUCAAUAAAAUAAGAUUUGCAGUCAACUAAGUAUCUCAUAAGGCAUACGUCGAAGUAUAUUAAGAAACGUCGACAACGUAUUUCCACUCACUAUUGCAAAACCGCUGAUACUAGAUCAUAAAAUGGCUGAUUAUUACAUUGUUUUGGAUAUACCCCGCACAGCUACCGAUGCUGAAAUAAAAAAGGCUUACAGAAAAUUAGCAUUGAAAUGGCAUCCAGAUAAAAAUCCAGACAACUUGGACGAAUCUAAUAAGCGCUUUAAAGAAAUAUCUGAGGCUUAUGAAGUUCUAUCAGACGCACGCAAACGAAAAAUAUACGAUUCUCGCUCUACGUUACACAAAAGUAGCUACAACAGCUCCUCUUAUAGUAAUGGCAGCACGAACGGUUACCGUUAUCGUACGAACGGUACUAGAUCCAGUGCCAGUGACUAUGGCGACUACUACCCCCACAGUUACGGUUCAACGAAGCGUGGCAACCGAUAUCAGGCGUUCACCUUUCGAAAUUUAUUUGAGUCAACACCAUUCCACAAACUUUUCGAAAAAAAACGCCGUGUUUAUGAUCAGUAUGGCAAGGAAGGUUUAAUUGGUGGUCACGGUCACCAUCGUUCUUCUCGACAAGCACAUACUCAUGACUUUGAAGACUUUGAUGUUAUGGGCGGUUUUCCAUUUGUUUUCCGACCACCUGAAGAGGUAUUCCGUGAAUUCUUUGGAGUUAACUCUCCAUUUGCAGAUCUUUUUAGAGAUACUCAUUACACCUCUUUAAAUGGUAGGCGUCAUGGUUCUUCUGGUAGUCAUAAAGUUAAUUCUCCUUUUGCAGCGCCAAUGCUCAAUUAUACAAUGAUGGACUUUUUCAUGCCAAACAAUGGUUUUACAUCUUUCUCCACCUUUAAUACAGUCUCUAAUGGCAGUGGACGAAGCGGUGCUGCUAGUGUGAAUGGAGCCGUCAAACGCACGUCAACAUCAACCACUUUUGUCAAUGGAAAGAAGUUAAUGACCAAACGAGUAUUUGAGAAUGGUAGAGAAACUGUGUUUUCAUAUGAAAAUGAUGUUCUUAAAUCAAAGACUGUGAACGGGGUUCCCCAAAAACUCUCUUCAAUUACAAAUUAAGCAAAGUCAUACAUAAAGUAUAAUUGUUCGUACGCAUAGUUCUGUUUAAAUUAAUUAAUAUUACUUAAAUAUACAUAAUAUUUAGAAAUAAAUACAAAGUAAAAUGGAACAUACAAAAAGCUAAGCAAGUCGAACAGUCCUAAAACAAAUUGUCAACCGAGUAAUUGAGUUAUAGCAAAUCUUUCCGUUUUUAUUACAAAAUUUUAAAACAUACUAAUUUUAUAUUUCAAAUAUUAAAAUAAUUUUAUAAAUUACCACGUUAAUAAAUCUUAAUCCGCUAUUAUUACACACAUUAA